UCGCAAAACCUAUAAAUACAGCCCAAAUACCCCACUCUUAACACUUUCACACGAAGCAUGUCAAACCCCAGAGCACCCUUUUCCUUCCUCGUCGCUGUUCUCGUUUUCUUUAUUCUACCCCUCAUCUUUUCCCAAAAUGGCGGAUACGUCCGGUUCGCCGAGGGAGGAAAGCGGCGAGUCCACAUCACCGACGACCUCGACGACGUCGUAGACGACGAAGAGGACGACACUUGGAAAGAAUGGGGCAAGAAAUCCACACAAACCUUCGAUCCGCCGCCGAACGACUUGUCGAAGAUGGAGUUAUCGGAGAUCCAGGCCGAGAUGAUGAAGCGGCAUUCCGGGCCGGUUUUCGGGUUCAUCAAGCUCCGACUCGGCGUCAAACGGACUCGGGAUAUGGUGGCUGAGAUUGCUAUGAAAUGGAGUAAAGUUUUGAGAACAGGAUCUAUUGGGGUACGGUUCAUGGGUGUUGAUAUGAGCACGAUCAUGGUCACCAUGGAAAGAGGCCAAGACAUGACAGAGUUGAAGGAGUUUGUGUUGAACCAACCAGAGGCCUACGAGAUAAAGAUUGGAGAUCAAGUUUUUAGAAGACCUGGGGAUCCUCCUUUAGACCAAGUCGUUGAGAAGCUCCAGAAUGAGAGAAAGAGCAUCGAGAAUGACGGUUCAACAGAGAGCAAUCGGCAAGUGAAAGAGGAAUUGUAGUUUUGUACUAGUAAAUUUUAUGAAAUGCAAUGGAAUGGCCCCUUAUGUAACUCAUAGCAAAUGCAUACAUUUUUGUAUAACUUGGGGUACAAGAUUAGUGUUAUUUAAGUUAAUUAGGUUGCUGA